AUGCCGGGUGACAAUGAAUGGAAUGAAGAUUUAUUUGGUUGUUGUAAUGAUUGCGGUUCAUGUUGGUAUGGAUUUUGCUGCACACCAUGUUUAUUUGGUUCAAAUGCCCAUAAAAUCAGUGGGAGGAAUUGUUUUUUGAUGUGUUGUGCAUAUGGACUUUUAACUGAAUGUUACUUAUGCUGUAUUCCUCAUUAUAUGGAACGACAAAACCUACGUCAAAAAUAUAAUUUAAAAGAAAAUCCAGAGUGUGGUGACCUUCUAACAACGAUAUUUUGUGGUCCAUGUGCACUUUGUCAAGAAGCUCGUGAAAUAAAAGGCAGAGAGGGCCCAGCACAAGCCGCUUUUAAGCGUGGUGGAGGUCCACCAGUUGUUUCACAACCAAUGUAA